CCCGCCCCACGGGAAAUUCCCCCUGAAAAGGACAGCGAGCCCGGCAGCUGUGGCUGUCCGUGCGUCCCUGCGAGGUGUGCGGGCCCGGGCCGGAGCCCCGCGGCGCAGAGGCCGGAGCGGAGCUGUCAGCAUGGCCGGUGGCCUUGAGCCCUACAUUGAAAUAUUUGAGCAACCCAGGCAAAGGGGCAUGCGUUUCAGAUACAAAUGUGAGGGAAGAUCAGCAGGCAGCAUUCCAGGAGAACACAGUACUGAAAACAAUAAGACCUUCCCUUCCAUCCAGAUUCUGAACUAUUUUGGAAAAGUCAAAAUAAGAACUACGUUGGUAACGAAGAAUGAACCCUACAAGCCACACCCUCAUGAUCUGGUUGGAAAAGACUGCAGAGAUGGCUACUACGAAGCUGAGUUUGGGCCAGAACGGCGAGUCCUCUCCUUUCAGAACUUGGGCAUUCAGUGUGUGAAGAAGAAAGACCUGAAGGAAUCCAUUUCUUUACGAAUCUCGAAGAAAAUUAACCCUUUCAAUGUGCCAGAGGAGCAGCUGCACAACAUCGACGAGUACGACCUCAACGUUGUGCGACUCUGCUUCCAAGCUUUCCUUCCUGAUGAGCACGGCAACUACACGAGAGCCCUUCCUCCUUUGAUUUCCAACCCCAUCUAUGACAACAGAGCUCCCAACACCGCAGAAUUGAGAAUCUGUCGUGUGAACAAGAACUGUGGAAGCGUCAAAGGAGGAGAUGAAAUAUUUCUGCUGUGUGACAAAGUUCAGAAAGAUGACAUAGAAGUCAGGUUUGUCCUGGACAACUGGGAGGCCAAAGGUUCGUUUUCCCAAGCCGACGUUCACCGCCAGGUCGCAAUCGUGUUCAGGACGCCGCCGUUCCUCAAAGACAUCACUGAGCCCGUCACGGUGAAGAUGCAGCUGCGGAGGCCCUCUGACCAGGAAGUCAGUGAACCCAUGGAUUUCAGAUACCUGCCAGAUGAAAAGGAUCCAUAUGGCAACAAAGCAAAAAGGCAAAGAUCAACGUUGGCUUGGCAGAAGCUCAUACAGGACUGUGGAUCAAGCACCACGACGGAGAGGCCCAAAGUAGCCCCAUUCCCCGUCGUCACCCCUGAAGGGAAGCUGAUUAAGAAAGAACCAAACAUGUUUCCAUCCGCGCUGAUGAUGCCAGGGUUAGGCGCCCUGGCCAACACGAGUCAGCUGUACCCCGGCUGCUCCCAGCUGGCGCCGGCGGUGGGGCCGGGCAAGCAGGACGUGCUGUCCCCGUGCUGGCUGCACGGCUCUGCGGCCCCGGCCGGGCUGCUCGGCGCCCACCCGCCCAACAGCUUCUCCACGGAGCCCCCGCCGGCCGCCCCGGGCAGCAGCUCCCUCCCGGCCUUCCACGACAGCGCCCUGGCCUGGACCGACGAGAAGGACUCGGGAUUCUUCCGGACCUACGGCAGCACGAACGGGCCGGGGGCGGUGGUGUCGGCCGCCGAGCUGCACAGCCUGCCCGGCGGCAGCGCCUCCAGCGCCGGCAUGCUCGGCAUGGACACGGACGACAUGAACUGCACCAGCAUCAGCCUGGAGAAGUUCAACGCCGUGCUGGGCGCGGGCAGCCACCGGCAGCAGCUGCAGCUGCCCCCGGCCGCCCCGGGCAGCGGCGCCGCCACUUUCGCGUCGCAGCCCGGCCUGGCCGACCCCGUUUACAGCUUCAUCGACCAGGAGGUGCUGAGCGAACCCAGACUGUCCAGCAGCCACCAGGGCAGCCUGGCAGACGGCCAGUUCUAUGACACCGACGGUGUCCACACUGAUGAGCUCUAUCAGUCCUUCCCCUUUGAUAACAUUUUACAGAGCUAUAACCCGUGAGCCAGCGCUGGCUACAUAGAGCUCCCCGGGUGCCGCUGCGUGGAGAGGAGUAAUUGACCCUUCUGGAGUCCCUGCUUUCUCUUUCAGAAUGUUGCUGUGCAAGUUUCGUGGUAUAACUUAAAGGUUAUUUAUUGCAGCCCAUAGUGGUGCCCAUAAAGAGGGUGGUGGGAGUAGGGUUUGGGGUUCUCUACCUUAAAAGUACCUUGUAGACAUAUUUUUGCGCUGUCGGAAGUGGGAACUGUUAACACUUAAAGCUUCCUUAUCUUUGGGGACUGUAAAAGCUGGCAUCUUCAGAAGGGUUAAAAUUUCAAAUACUUCACAGGGUUAAAGUUGUUUUGAAAUAGCCAUUUUUGCUAUAGAAAUUAAAUUUUGAUAGGACAGAAAUUAGGAAAAAAAAACCUGCACGUGAGCACUCUAGUUCAGUUUCAUCUAAUGACGUCCGAGUUCUGCUCAACUUACUUGAAAGGUUUGGGUUUUUAACCCCCUUUCUAUAAAUAUUCUUCUCCUAAAAUGAGAACAUACAUUGAUUUUCCACGCUGUCACCACACUCCAUUUGCUUUGAAGGCAAAUUUACUCGUAAAUUUUUUUUAAUGACUAUGUCAUUGUUAGAUAUAUUUAAAAAGACCGGAAGGUUUGAGUUCUUAAAUAGUCGAGCUCUGUUGUAAAGGAAAUCACUGCACAAGAAAAGGAACAGAAAGUGAGGACUUGUCUGCACUUCAUCCAGAGUGCACUAUUUUACAAGCCAUGCCCCUGUUGCUUUAGGAAUGAAGCUGUUAUUGCUCUGCAAGUCGUGUGUGUGUGUAGCUGCGAUGUGAGUGAGAUUUGCAAAGGCAGAAAUCUCUGGAGCCGAAGUAUCCACUUACUUUUUCCUCAGGUAUCCCAGCAGUUUCCUGCUAUGCAAGUGACUGCUUAAAGAAGGCUCAGAUCCUGCCUCCCCAGUACCACCCCCUCCCAGGAGGGCAAAGCCAGAGGCUGCCUUGGUGCAGCCUCACCUCUAUUAACAACUUUUAAAGCCAUUUCAGUCAGUACUAAUUAAAAACACUCCUCUAUCCUCUGUAUCAGGAACCAGAACUUCUUCCCUCCCACUUGAUUCCCAGUCUUCGCUCUUAGCCUGAGCUGUUCCUGGCACCAGCUGGAGGUAACUGGCUGGGUAAGACACUCUGGCCUUGGCUACUUCAUUAUACUGUUAUUUUUUAAGAAGCAACACAGAGAAAUGUCUGAGUAUUUCUUAAGUGACACAGCUGCUCUUUAGGGCAGAUAAGGCUUAAGGCUCUCAGUUGUUACCUUUCGGUGACAUAAAACUGCACAAUGAGAGCAGCAAUAAAAAAAGCAAUAAAAAGUCCAAAACUCAGCCCCAAAUCAAAAAAGUCACUUGAGAUGUAGAAUUGUACACAAGGAAGGGUGCUCCAGAACCCCUCUGUGGCUUACAGGAACGCAGGGAUGCCUUCCCUGCAGGAAUCCACUGCACUGGGAGCACUCUGGUGGUGCUGCUGGAAUUCCAUCACACAGACCUGACAGGCGGGUGAAGUUUGGAAACUGCUUCCCCAAACUCCAGGUGCACAACAAAAUGAAUUGACUCUCCCUGUUUCAAAGCAGUUUUUCCUCACUUCUGCACCUCUCCUCCACACUCUUAAGCAAUAGAAAGACCAAAGA